CGGCAUCUUGAGUUCAAUUUCAGUUGAUAUUCUGUUAAAUUCGCGAACGCGUCGCGCCUGCAGCUCCAGCAGCCACUUACAGUAGGCUAUAUAGACUCUAUAUAGUAGGCCCGAUUUCGUAAUACUAUCGCUGAGGCUGAGACACAGAAAGCCAAAGCCAAAGCCCAGCCUUAUCAGUGAACUCCGAUUUGUUUUUGUUCGUGUGCUUGUUUGGUGUUUAAGUUUUAAGAAUGGAAUCACUGGAGCUCCACAAAUCCAACAUUUCUGCAACUCCGGAUCAAGGAAAUAUAUAGUUACAUAUAUAUGAGACAGAUCUAUUCAGCAUGCGAUAAGAAAGCGACAAAGAGUUGCAGAGUUGCAGAGCGGGAAGCAGAAAGAGAAGGAGAGCCGGAGAAAUGCCGCAGCAGCAGCAGUUGGAAGAAAGUCUGCCGAACGGAUCGGCGGAUAUCAACGACAACUUCCGGUUGGGGGAGGAGAUAGAGUCUCUGCACCACAUCUACGAGAAUCUUCCCGCCGAGAGCGCCAGUUCCAGAAAGAGUCAUCCGAUCCCCGAGCUGAGAAAGUACUUUCCCCGCGAGGCCAUCUACGAGAAUCUGUGUCGCGGCUGUGGCUACGGCGUCUUCGCCGCCCAAGGACGUUACUGUCAUUUCUGUCAGUGUAUCGUUAGCGGUGGGGUGGUGCGAACUCAGCCCACAUCACCACCUCCCCCACCACCGCCGCUCUUAAAGGACUCGCGAGAGAGCAAUAUCUAUGAGAAUAUCUGCGAGGUGUGCCGGGGAAUCUACAGUGACAAUGAGAAGUGCGAGUGCCAGCGGGAGGGAGGGGAUACCUCGACCCCCACCUCGACCACACCCUCCACGCCCCCGACGCCACCCACCACCGGCAAGAGCAAGUCACGCACUCUCUUAAACUACUCCAAGUCCAGUGCCGCGACCUUGACCCGCCUCUUUGGCUCUCUUAAGCAACUGAAUCGGACGGCGUCGCUGCAGCGCAGGAUCUUCCAGCGGGAGGUCCCCAAAGAGCGGGAGAAAGUUCGCGUCCCGGCCGGCGGCUCCCUGGAGAUCAUACACAAUGUGGACGAGGUCUUUCGCACCCAGGAGACCUUCGACAUGCAAAGGAUCUGCGAGCUGAAGAGCCAGCUUCAGAGCAGCCAGAGCGACCAGCACAUCUACGGCCGGGUAAGAGAGCCGGAAAGAGAGCAGCGCAAGAAGCCUAGGAUAUCGCGCAUGCGUCUGCUCCAAAUCGAGCAAGAACAUGAUCUAGAUCAGGAUCAGGAUCGGGAGAGCGGCGAGGUGGCAUCCCUGUACCUCAACGAGAGCGUCUGUCAGUGGAUGACGUCAUUGCGCAGUCAGGUCCAUCACUACGACGAGGGGGCGUGGCAGCAGCCCAAGAGUGUGCCGGCUUCGUACCAAAGAGAACGGGAGUGGAUGCAGCAGGACGAGGAGGAGAAGGAGAAUGUGAUCCUGCGAAGAACCAAAGAAGAUCAGCAAAAGCUCGAUCCGGUGGACAACUUUAAGAGGAAGCUCCGGCUUAAGAGAGAGCCCAGAGAGAGGCCGGAGGAGCAGCGUCGAUGUGCCGUUACACCGGAUCUGGUGAGUGAGUUUCUCAGCAACCUGCAGGAGGAUAAACAGGACCGCGAAGAACUGGAGAUUGCGAGAGUCCUGCCACCCACCGCCACUAUUCACUCUCUUUGGCAGCUAAUGCAGGCCAUUGUGUUCUCUUCGUCGCUGCAUGUGUGUGUGCGUGGCUUUCUCACCAGCUAUGACAAAUCGUUGGCUCAAUGGCUGUUUCUGCAGCAGCAACAACAACAACAGCAGCAGCAACACCGACGCCAUCACUCAGCGAUCGCCAUGCGAGCUUAUCUGAAAAGAGCGGGAAAAAGAGCGUCGGCAAAGAGAGUAGUUGAUCGUGAAUCAGCGGGCGAAGAAUCAGUGGUGCCUCGGUUAGUCGCUCCGCCGACGCCAGAGAGUGACGACGUGUCUGCGGAGCUUCGUCGUCGGGAACGAAGCGAGGAGAUCGGUGUCAAGACGGAGACAGGGCCAGAGGUAGCAGGGCCAGUGAUCGAAAGCGAUAACAGCGGCCAAGUUAAGAAAAACAAUAACAGCGAGGACAGUCGAAGCGACAGCAACAAAAAGAAUAACAGUGUAGACGGCGGCAGAGCUUUGAUGGCAGCGCCAAAGACAAAUGGCGAGGCAGAGCGCCCCAAUAGUAACAACAACCACAACAAUAAUAAUGCAAAUAGCAGCAAUACCAACAACAACAACAACAAAAGCACCAGUGAUGACAAUGAAAGCACCAGCAGCAGCAGCAACAACUACAACAACAACAAUACGGGCAAUUGCAAUGUCAGCGAACAGCAACAACAACAACAACAACAGCAAAUCACACAGAAUUGCGUGAUCAAAGUGCGACGUCCAGCCCCCAAAGUACCAGUUCGUAAUCCGACAACAGCUCUAAGCACACCCCGCCAGGCGGAGGAGUCCUCGCCGAAGGCAAUGGAUAGUCCGGGAAGGACACACGAACAUCUAGACCAGGAGGACCCGGAGGAGGAAUCUAUUUAUCAACCCAUUUGGAAGUUCAAGACCCUCGAACCGGAUCGGGAUAUCAUCCAAUCCCAGACACUCGACGAGGAGGACGAGGACGACGAAGACGAGGACGAUGAGGAUGAGGAUGAGGAUGAGGAGGACGAGCUGGAGCUGGUGGAGGACUACGACGAGUCCCUGCCCUCCGAUGGCGAUGCGGAUGUGAUGGCCCUCCAGGCGGCGGCCGUCUUUGCCGCCGGGGUGCGCCACAAAGUGUCCACUUCGACGCUGACCAAGCGCUCCAAGCUGAUGCUGCCCACGCCCCUGCCCUCGCCCACCGCCUCCAUGGACCAGGGGGCGUGGGAGACGGACGUGGAGUUCAUGUACUCCCGGGAAGCGGAGGCGGAGGCGGAAGCGGACAUGGAAGCCGAGGCGGAUGAGACCCUGAGCCUGGGCAGCACUGUGACCAAUAGCACCGCCACCCUGGGCUCCAUAAGCAGCCGGGGCAGUGCUGCUGCUCCUGGACCUGCUCCCCCGGCUCCUCCCCUCCUCCAGGAAGCGCCCAAGAUCGUGCCCCUCGUGCAUGACAUCCUGCGGAACAUCUGCAUCUUCUACAGUCCCCGGGAGCCCAUGAAGUACAGUGCUAUCUUCUACGACUACCAGCGCUCCUAUGUCCACCAGCGUUUCAUGACCCGCAUCCGGCGCCCUGCUCCGCCCCCGCCCCCGCUCCUGGUGGCCGCCCACCGCCCUGCCCCCCACACCGACGACAGCGGCUGCAGCUGCGAGGCCGAGGAUCAGGAGGAGAAUCACAACCACUCCCCGCGUAUCCCCCCCUCCAUACCGAAGCCCCUCAAGGAGGAGUGGGAGCGGGCGGUGCUGGCAGCCGGGGCGUUGGGCGGCAAGCGGGGCGUGGCUCCCAGGGCGGGUCGCAAGCUGAGGGUCCGCUCCAAUGCCCGCCUGCUGCUGACGGACUCGGUGCUGGCGUGGCGGGAACAGCUCCAGGAUGUCAACUGCUGCGAGGACGAGGAGGAUAUGAUUGUGCCAGUGACUGACAUUCUGCGGGCGCAGCAGAUCCAGGAGGACAAUGAGGUGCAGCAGAGCCAGCAGUCCACCAUUCUCCAGCGCUUCAAGAGCGUCUCCAUCGGCAAUCUCCUCGACCUGCCCGGGGAGGACGACAAGAAGUCCAUCAAGAAUCGCAUGCGAAUGAAGUUUGCCGUCAAUAGCAAUGUGUUUCGCAUUAAUCGCUCGCCGAAGAGCGAAAAGAAGUCCCGUCAGCGACGAGGCCAAGUUACCAGCCUGUACCUCGACGAGCAGCAGAAGUAUCCUUUGUUUUCGGCUCCUUUGAAUGCCCUGGAACUGAACAUGACGGAUCAUCCGAAUGUGCCCCGCUUCGUGGUGGAUGUCUGCGCCUAUAUCGAGAGGCCCGAGUGCAUCGAACAGGAUGGGCUCUACCGCGCCUCCGGCAACAAGGUCCUGGUGGAUGAACUGAAGAAGAAACUGACCCACAUCUACGAUCCGCGCUGGCUCCAGACCGACGACAUCCACACCCUGACCAGCCUCCAUAAGCAGUUCUUCCGGGAGCUGGCCGCCCCCCUGAUCACCCAGGAGGCCUACGACCGGCUGGGCCGCAAUCUCUCCGACGACGCCGCCAUCGAACGGAUGCGGAUCGCCUUUGACGACAUGCCGGAGCCGAAUCGCUCCACUCUACGCUUUCUCAUCCAGCACCUGACCAGAGUGGCUGCUGCCAGUGGCUCCAAUCGCAUGCCGUCCACCAACCUGGCCAUCGUCUGGGGUCCUUGCCUCCUGAGUGCCAACCAGAUCCAGCUGGACAUCGGGCGCAUGAACAUGCUGGCCAAGGUCCUCAUCGAGAACUACGAUCGCAUUUUCCAGCCGGACAACGAGCGUCUUGUGUGCUAAAAAAAUAUAUAUAUUACGCCUCCUGCUGCCGCGCCUUUCUAUUAAAAAACAUCAAUUUAAGUGCCUAAAAAAAAAAAAUAGGCAAAUCAAAACAAACACAUCACAAAAAACACAAAAACUCAGCAUCCACGCUUUCCAUUUUAUUUUAAACAUUUUUUUUUCAUGUGUCUUUAUGUCAGCUUUAAUGUCUCUUUUUGUUCACUAAUUUUAAUGACUUUAAUUAAUCUUUUAAUCUUUUAACAAGUUAUUUAUUCAUUGGAAGCAUACCUACAAGCAUAGAUCAUGGAAAUACUUACCAAAAAGACAGUAGACUAAGUUAAUACUAAAUAAGCUGCGUGGCGGUACGGUGAGCACUGCCUGUGGCGGACCCCCAGAAACAUUAGUGAAACAUGACGAUAUAUUCACUCUAUUAUAACACUUAAUUAUAAUUCUUUUUUUUUUUUUUGUCGAAAAUAUCAUUUGUGAAACGUGAUAUUCGAUGCAGUUUGCGAGUGCCUGUUGGGCGGAAGAUGCAAAAACUGAAUAAAUAUAUUAAUAAAAUUGAAAUACAUAUUAAUAUUACGCAUUGUAUGGAUAAAAGCCAGUACAGUUGAUAGGCUACAUGUAUUUUUUUUUGUUACAAAAUGCUCGGAUUAUGAAAGCCAAAAACAUUGUAUAAUUUCUAUCUCAAUAAAUAAAUGGAGAACAUUCAAAAUGUAAA